UAUUUUAUCUUCCUAUCACAUCACUAUAUAGUAUAUAUCACAUAUAUUUUCUCUCUAUUCAUUUUUUCUCACCCCUGAUGUCACUAAUUCUUUCUCUUUACUCACCCCUGAUGUCACCAAUUCGGUUUCUUAGGCAACAUUUUCUUCAAGAAAUGUCACAUUGCAAAAUAUCCACUUCCUUUAUAACCAUCAAGAAUUGCCAUCUUGCAAAAUAUCCAGUCUCUACAUUCUAGCUAUCUCAACUUACAUACAUUAAUAUUUACAAUACCAUCAUCUAUCAUGGAUAGAAAAAAAUGCAUUGCCAUGGUUCCUUCACCUGGACUGAGCCAUUUAAUUCCACUUGUUGAGUUUGCCAGGCAACUGGUUCAACAAAACCAUGAAUUACACAUCACAUUCCUCAUCCCCACAGAUGGACCUCUCACUCCUUCCAUGCAAACCCUCCUAAACGCCCUGCCACCAAACAUAGACUUCACUGUUCUUCCCCAAGUGAACGUUGAAGACCUUCCACACAACACCUCACCAUCAACAAGAAUGAAACUCAUCGUGAAGCGCUCAAUCCCAUUUCUGCAAGAGAAAGUGAGCUCACUAAGUUCCCAGUUUCAUCUUGUUGCUUUAGUGUACAGCAUGUUCUCAACCGAUGCACAUGAUGUGGCUAAGCAGCUCAACAUCUUGUCUUACCUUUUCUUUGCCUCAGGGGCUGUAUUACUCUCAUUCAUGCUCUCUCUUCCAAAGCUUGAUGAGAGCGUGACCUCUGAGUUCUUAUCAGACUCAAUUGAAACAGUUUAUGUUCCAGGUUAUGUUGUUCCUUUCCAUGUCAAAGAACUUGUAAACCCAGUUCAAUAUGAAAGGUCAAGUCAAACCUACAAAUCGUUUUUUGAUGUGUGUCAGAAAAUUUCAUUUGUGGAUGGUGUCAUAGUGAAUACCUUCACAGAUUUGGAAGCAGGGGCCAUAAGGGUUCUUCAAGAUAGAGAAGGCCCUUGUGUAUAUCCCGUUGGACCAAUCAUUAUGACAGAGUCAAGUAGUGAAGUGAAUAAGUCAGAGUGUUUGAAAUGGUUGGACAAUCAGCCACCAAAUUCUGUUCUUUAUGUCUCUUUUGGAAGUGGUGGAACACUCUCUCAUGAACAACUACAAGAGUUAGCCUAUGGUUUAGAAAUGAGUGGCCAAAAGUUCUUGUGGGUUGUGAGAGCUCCAAACAAGUUUGGUGCUUCUGCUUAUUUUGCUGGACAAAAGGAGGAUCCAUUAGAGUAUUUACCAUCUGGUUUUCUGGAUAGAACCAAAGAGCAAGGCUUGGUGGUUCCAUCAUGGGCACCACAAAUUGAGGUCCUUGGUCAUGCAUCCACGGGUGGCUUCUUGAGUCAUUGUGGUUGGAGCUCAACUCUGGAGAGUGUGGUUAACGGGGUGCCCAUGAUUACUUGGCCACUGUUUGCGGAGCAGAGAAUGAAUGCAAAGGUAAUCACUGAUGCUCUACAAAUUGGAGUGAGGCCUAAAGCUGAUGAUGAAAUUGGCAUAGUAAAACGGGAGGAAAUCGCAAAAGCUAUAAAGAGAAUCAUGGAAGGCCAUGAAAGCUUGGAAAUAUACAAAAGGAUCAAAGAAUUGAGUGAUGGUGCUGCUUCUGCACUGAGUGAACAUGGUUCAUCUAGGAACGCGCUCUCUAGUCUAGCACUGAAAUGGCAUAACUUUUGAGUGGCACGUAAAAACUCAAAAUCCCUUCAAACUUCCAGCUAGAAAUCCUACAUCAGCGCGGCACAAGACCACCAACAGUGAAGCUCCUGAUUCAGCCUCCCCCACUAUGGGGGACUUCUUCUCGAGGUCAACCAUGGUUUAACAACCAAUUUAAGAUUGAUGAACACACCCUAAGCAAUUGUUCUCUUAAGUCUUAUCAUGAGUCUUCUCUAAGUGAGCCUCAAUUUUGUGGGAGAUGAGCAGAGGCCAACCAAGGAUUUACCAUUUCUCGACUAUAUAGACUAUUAAGUCAUGUUUUUUUGAUAUCAUUUGUGCAUUCAUUACCUUUGUCUAAAUAUAAGGUGCUUUAGUUUGUCUGAAA